AUGAAGAUCUUCGUGUGGCUAGUGUGGAUUAGCGCACUGCUAAAAGGGGUGGGCGGGGCUCACGGGCGCUACGCGCAGAAGCUGCUCAACGACUUGAUGGAGAACUACAGCUCAGCGCUGCGGCCCGUGGACGACACGGACAAGGCCCUCAACGUCACGCUGCAGAUCACACUCUCCCAGAUCAAAGAUAUGGACGAGCGGAACCAGGUGCUGACCACGUACCUGUGGGUGCGUCAGGUGUGGCACGAUGCCUACCUGCGCUGGGACAAAGAGGAGUACGACGGCCUGGAGGUCAUCAGGAUACCCUCAGAACUCGUCUGGAGGCCAGACAUUGUGCUUUACAACAAUGCUGAUGAGGAGAAUAAGGAUGGACCUCCUGAGACGAAUGUAGUGUUGCGUUACGAUGGAGAGAUUACCUGGGACUCCCCUGCCAUCACCAAAAGCUCCUGUAAGGUGGACGUUGCCUACUUCCCUUUUGACAGCCAACAAUGCAACCUCACCUUUGGCUCCUGGACAUACAAUGGAAACCAGGUGGACAUCAACUUGGACAAGGACAAGGAGUCCGGCGACCUGUCGGACUUUGUGGAGAACGUGGAGUGGGAGUGCCACGGCAUGCCGGCCCGGAAGAGCGUGAUCAUGUACGGCUGCUGCUCGGACCCGUACCCCGACAUCACGUACACGGUGCUGCUCAAGCGCCGCUCCUCCUUCUACAUCUUCAACCUGCUGCUGCCCUGCUUCCUCAUCUCCUUCCUGGCGCCGCUGGGCUUCUACCUGCCCGCCGACUCCGGGGAGAAGGUGUCGCUCGGCGUCACCGUGCUGCUCGCGCUCACCGUCUUCCAGCUCAUGGUGGCCGAGAGCAUGCCGCCCUCCGAGAGCGUGCCGCUCAUCGGGAAGUACUACAUAGCAACGAUGACCAUGAUCACAGCGUCCACGUCCCUGACCAUCUUCAUAAUGAACAUCCAUUUCUGCGGCGCGGAGGCGAAGCCUGUUCCCCACUGGGCCAAAGUGCUCAUCAUCGACUACAUGGCUAAGCUGUGUUUUGUGUACGAGGUGGGCGAGAACUGCACCUCGCCUGAGGACUCCAGCACCCAGCUCUACAGCGAGGAGUUCAUGACAGGUGGCUAUCAGGAUGACGCUUUCUAUGGCAACCAAUACCUUGAGAAUGGUCACUAUGGAAACAGCCACUACAACCAGCGCCACGACAAUGGAAACUACCGCCAUCACAAUCACCACAACAACCUUAGCGACAACAGACGCCUGGGCCGUGUCCAGAGGAAUGGACCGCAGAGGGGCGGGGAGCGGAGGGGGCGGGAGCCCCCCAUGCCACAUAUCAUGCGGGACUCCAACGUCCACAUCCCCGCUUAUGACCCUCUGGAGGAGAAGCUGAAGGCCAGCGAUCUGUCCAUCCCUGAGAAACUCCAGGCGUACGGCUACAGCCAAGGCAAUGACUUCAGCCAUGACAGUGCUUGUAGAAGUAGCAACGCUUAUCACAACGGAGGGGCCGUGCGCGGGAGCUGCUCCUGCGGAAUGCCGCAGAAGGUCGUGCGGAACAUUGAGUACAUAGCCAACUGUUUCAGGGAGCAGAGGUCCCACCAGGCCAAGGGUGCCGAGUGGAAGAAGGUCGCAAAGGUCAUGGACCGUUUUUUUAUGUGGAUCUUUUUCAUCAUGGUCUUUCUCAUGAGUAUCCUCGUCAUUGGCCAAGCAGCUUGA